GAGUGGAGCCUGUCUGCCAACAGCUUCAGCAGCGGCUCUAUCUGGAUCCUACUUCACUCACUGACAAUUAAAGGAGGCCCCCCCUUUUUCUUCUCAUUUUCGAGGAUUAUCCUUCACCAUGGGCGACAAAAAGAGCCCUACCAGGCCGAAAAGACAAGCCAAACAGAGCGUCGACGACGGCUACUGGGACUGUAGCGUGUGCACCUACAGGAACACCGCCGAGGCGUUCAAAUGCAGCAUCUGCGAUGUGAGGAAGGGCACAUCCACAAGGAAGCCCAGGAUAAACUCCCAGCUGGUUGCCCAGCAGGUGGCUCAGCAGUACCCGAUGCCUCCCCCUCCCAAGAAGGACAGGAGAGAGAGGAGCGAGCGCCCAGAGAAGGAGCGCCUGCUCGUUGAAGGAGAGCCGGCCAGUGGAGAGGGACGCCCUGAGGUAGAGCGUCCAGAAAGAGUGAUGCUGGAGGGAGACACCCCCGAGAAGGACAAGAGUGACAACGAGCAAGCCGUCCAAGACAAACCCGACAAAGAGAAGGACAUCAGUCCAGCUGUUACGAAGAAGCCAAGCAGCAAAAAAAACAGACCCAAGUCAGACAACCAUCAGAGUCCACCCAGUGACAAACAGAGCAUACAGUCUGGGAAGUCAGCAACCAAGACCAACAAGAACUCUCACAAUUCCAGGCCCAAACUGAAGAACAUCGACCGGAGUACCGCCCAGCAGUUGGCCAUCACCGUCGGGAACGUGACAGUGAUCAUAACGGACUUUAAGGAGAAGACCCGCUCCUCAUCCACAUCUUCGUCCACCAUCACGUCCAGCGCGGGCUCCGAACAGCAGCACCAGAGCUCAGGCUCCGAGAGCAUGGACAAGGGCUCGUCGCGCGCCUCCACCCCCAAAGGGGAUCUCUCUGUGGGGCAUGACGAAUCAUUCUGAGGACCCUUUUGUUCUCCCAUCCUCCGUCCUCUUCCUGCUUCACUUCCCCUUCCCUUCAUGUUUUUGAACACUAUGGAUCUCAUAUAUGGGGGGGAAAAGAAUACUUUCCCAUGGCUGCCCCUCCCUCUAUACCAAGAUAUCCCCUGAAUGCCGAGAGGAUCUGACUAAAUGAGAGACCGUGCGAGGUGUCUUUCAGGAAAAUGAACACCCUGCUUGGGGAACUUCCCUUGUAGUUCCCAUGGUGACAAAGGCAAGAACAACUGGGCUACACAGAACAUCCCCCUCUAACGGUAGCAUCCAACACUUGUAUGUAUUGUUUUAUAUUUGUACGUGGAUGUGAGGCCAAGUGGACUUUUUUUGUUUGUUGUUUUUGUAAAGAAGAACUCUCCGCUGGGCACAAUAACCACCAACCGUCUGAGUAACUAUUAUUCCCCUUAUUUAUUACCUGUUGCACCAGUUGAUAUUUUCUUCCUUCUGUUUGUCCAAGCUUCGCGGUGUAGCUCUGCUGAUCGUUCCUUCAGUGUCUUUAAUGCAUUGAAAAUGUUAGGACAACACACACAUACACGUACACACACACAUGCACACACACACUGGUGCUAGAUACACUGUGAAGCGGUUUUGCAGAUCUGGGACUGCCCGUUGGCUCAAUGUGACGAAGUGCAGAUGAAUCAAAUUCUCCUUCACUUUUCUCAGCAACACUGUGGAGACCUCCAGCAGGUCCUCCUGUUUUUCUGUCUGGUCGGCGCUCAUCAGAGGAACCAGCCUUGAUGGCUCAGACGCUUGGGUUGACUUUGAUUUCUCACGCUUUAGCAGGUUGUACAGUAUCCUGCGUUCUUUACUGUACAGUGUAGGCUGUUGUGUAAAACACUAAAAGCUGUUGAUAAUUUUUAUUUUUUACAUUCCACGCUUCAGUGUUGAGUUUUCUGGCCGCAGGUAGAGCGUUCGACUCGGCUGUCGAGCCACAGUUUAUUUAGUUUUUCGUGUGACUGAAGGAUCCAGUUCCACUUGUUCACACCGAUCAGUUCUGUGAAACGAACCCUGUAGAGUCCAAACGUUGUGAAUCGUUUCACUUUUCAUUUGUUGUGGUCCUGAAGACGACGUUGAAUCUUCAUCCUCCUCUCCACUGAAAACGCAUGCAAGAAAAUGAAUAAUUUACAAAGGCUGACAAUUGGAUUGUGACAAUUGAAGACUCCUGAUAUUGAAGGCAAAAGAGUAAAGUACCUACGAGAAUACAGCUGUCCUUUAAAUUUUAUAGCAGCAAGGCCUAACGUAAGGGUUUUAAGUAACUUUUACCUUAGACCAACAGAAUUUCCUUUAACUGUAUGAAACUGUAUAAAGAAUAAAUGUGUAUAUGAUAUCUUAGUUUUAUUUAUUGAAGGACCAAAGGAGUUUCAUAAUGACAGAAUACAUAAACAGAUGAAUAACAAUUUGAAAUGCAAAUUAUCUAAUGUGUGAGAUGAAUAACAGUUUAAAUAAAGACUAAUAUAAUCUCCAUGUAGAUGGUGUUCUUAUUGUACACUCGCCAAGUCGUGCUGUGAGCGGAGUCCAAGGAAACACUUGGUGAAGGUGGUGGUGGUGGUGGGGGGUGUCUAAAACUAAAAGACAAACCUUCACACUGCUCAACUAUCACAGGAACUACCCCCCAAAGAAUCCCCGCUUCACCAACUGAACUGCUCCCAGAAA